UGAACACACUAUGCCAUGUCAGUUAUAGUCCCACCCUUUUUUUGCAGAAAGGUUUCAAGGCAAGAAUACUUGAAGAAAAGGGAGGAAAAGAAAUUAGAAGAACUAAGAGAUGAUAUAGAAGAUGAGCAAUAUCUAUUUGAAGGUGUAAAGCUUUCGGAAGUAGAAUAUCGUGAACUGAGGUACAAGAAAGAGAUAUAUGAACUUGUGAAGAAGCGGUCUGAGGAGGCUGACAAUGUAAAUGAGUAUAGAAUGCCAGAAGCUUAUGAUCAGGAAGGUGUUGUUAAUCAGGAGAAGAGAUUUUCUGUGGCUAUGCAGCGUUACAGAGAUCCAAAUGCUGAAGAAAAGAUGAAUCCAUUUGCUGAACAAGAGGCCUGGGAGGAACAUCAAAUUGGAAAGGCAACGCUAAAGUAUGGUUCAAAAAAUAAAAAACAAGUCUCUGAUGAUUAUCAGUAUGUUUUUGAGGACCAAAUUGAUUUUAUCAAGGCAUCAGUAAUGGAUGGCGACAAGUUUGAUUAUGAAGAGAUGGAAGAUUCACUUGAAAAGUCCAGAGCAAAGUCAGCUUUGGAGGCACUACAGGAUGAGAGGAAAAAGUUGCCCAUUCAUCCUUAUCGGGAUGAAUUGCUCCAAGCUGUUCAGGAGCACCAGGUACUUAUAAUUGUUGGUGAAACUGGUUCAGGGAAGACGACACAGAUCCCCCAAUAUCUUCAUGAAGCUGGCUUUACAAAACAUGGAAUGAUCGCAUGUACUCAGCCACGGCGAGUUGCUGCAAUGAGUGUUGCAGCUCGAGUUUCUCAAGAAAUGGGUGUUAAACUAGGGCAUGAGGUUGGAUACUCAAUCCGUUUCGAAGAUUGUACAUCAGAGAAAACUAUUCUGAAAUAUAUGACAGAUGGAAUGUUACUGAGGGAAUUCCUUGGUGAACCUGAUCUGGCAAGUUAUAGUGUUGUGAUGGUGGAUGAGGCUCACGAAAGAACACUCUCAACUGAUAUUCUGUUUGGAUUAGUAAAGGAUAUUGCUCGUUUCCGGCCUGAUCUCAAGUUGCUAAUAUCAAGUGCUACACUUGAUGCCGAGAAAUUCAGUGAUUACUUUGAUUCUGCACCAAUAUUCAAAAUUCCAGGGAGACGAUAUCCUGUUGAGAUAAACUUUACAAAAGCUCCAGAGGCUGACUACUUAGAUGCAGCUAUUGUCACCUCACUUCAAAUCCAUGUCACUCAACCUCCUGGAGAUAUAUUGGUUUUCCUUACUGGUCAAGAAGAAAUUGAAACGGCUGAAGAAAACUUGAAGCAGCGAACUAGAGGCUUGGGGACUAAAAUUGCCGAGUUAAUAAUAUGCCCUAUAUAUGCCAACCUACCAACUGAACUACAAGCUAAAAUAUUUGAACCCACUCCUGAAGGAGCCCGAAAGAUUGUACUUGCUACUAAUAUUGCAGAAGCAUCAUUGACAAUUGAUGGGAUCAAGUAUGUCAUUGAUCCUGGAUUUUGUAAGAUGAAAAGUUAUAACCCGAGAACAGGAAUGGAGUCUUUGCUAAUAACUCCUAUCUCAAAAGCUUCAGCAAUGCAAAGAGCUGGUCGUUCUGGAAGAACUGGUCCAGGAAAGUGCUUUAGAUUAUAUACUGCAUACAAUUUUCAAAAUGAUUUGGAUGAUAACACUGUGCCAGAAAUACAGCGGUCUAAUCUCGCCAGUGUUGUAUUGUCUUUAAAAAGUCUUGGUAUUCAUGACUUGAUGCAUUUUGAUUUCAUGGAUCCUCCACCUUCUGAGGCCUUAUUGAAAGCUCUGGAGCUUCUAUUUGCAUUAAGUGCACUAAAUAAGCUUGGGGAGUUAACUAAAGUGGGUAGACGGAUGGCAGAGUUCCCACUUGAUCCUAUGUUGUCAAAAAUGAUAGUGGCUUCAGAAAAGUACAAAUGUUCAGACGAUAUCAUUUCUAUUGCUGCUAUGCUUUCUGUUGGAAACUCAAUAUUUUACCGUCCAAAGGAUAAGCAAGUGCAUGCAGACAAUGCAUGGAUGAAUUUUCACACUGGAAAUGUGGGAGACCAUAUUGCAUUGCUAAAGGUCUACAAUUCAUGGAAGGAGACCAAUUUUUCAACACAAUGGUGUUAUGAAAAUUAUAUACAGGUAAGGAGUAUGAAACGGGCUAGGGAUAUUCGUGAUCAGCUUGCAGGUCUUUUAGAGAGGGUUGAGAUUGAAUUAACUUCAAAUGCUAAUGAUUUAGAUGCCAUCAAGAAAGCCAUUACAUCUGGGUUUUUCCCACACUCUGCACGACUCCAAAAGAAUGGAUCAUAUCGGACUGUUAAACAUUCACAGACUGUUCAUAUACAUCCUACUUCAGGGCUGGUGCAGGUUCUUCCUAGAUGGGUUGUAUACCAUGAACUAGUACUCACAGCCAAGGAAUAUAUGAGACAGGUGACAGAAUUAAAGCCAGAGUGGUUGGUGGAGAUUGCCCCCCACUAUUACCAGCUUAAGGAUGUUGAAGAUUCAUCUUCGAAGAAAUUGCCACGUGGAGCAGGACGUGCACAAGGGGACAGAUAGGUGGCACCUCUUUAUAUAUGCUUUGGGUGGAGAAAGUACUUAUUUUAUUAUCUUUACCCUCCUUUACUUGGUGAAAUUAGCCAUGACUGAAGAUAUUUGCACCGGUAUGGCCUUAGUAGAUAUUUGACUUUCAUGAAAGUCUCUCUCAAAAUAGACUAACUGUAAAUGGAUUUUUGUUCCAAAAAUCAUUUGGUGUUUCAGGGCAAACAUCUUUUGGAAAAACUUGUUCAAUUUCUUAAUUACUACGGGAUCUUGCAAUUGUUUUUCUAUUUUUUCAUAUAGUAUUUCUUGUUGUAAUAUAGCAAUUUGAUUUUGUUUAUAAGAAAUUCUGAUAAGAAAAAUUGGUUUUACAUU